AUGCCUCUAAAUAAAGAUCCCUCGGCGAGUCUGGAUGACCAACUCAUCUCAGACGAAGCCACCACUCAAGAAAACUCUCCCCGCCGACCUUCCCCCCAGAAACCCCAAGUGUUUGACACGACCACGAACGAUUUGAACCGUGACCCGACAUCUCAGUCAGAGACCCUUCCCAAGCCCGUCCAUCAAGAAUCUCUUCGUAUACCUGGCCAGUCGGCGGUUGUCUCCUGGUUCAACCAGCAGCACCAAGAAACCAUCCUGAGCCACGAUGUCGCAAGCGCUUUCAUCCAGCACGACGCCAAACCGAAGAACACUGCUUUCUUUCGACUCCGAGUCAAAGUCGGCCAAACUUCACGGCGCACCGCCAAGCACGUCUACCUCUUCAUACCCCCCGAACACAUUCAAUCACUGUCUCUUCAUGACGAAACCGACACGCCGCAGGCUGGAUCCAAAACAAAGGCUGCUAUUCGCAGGGCAGUGGGCACGGCUGGUGUAUCAUGCUUGUCCUUUGAGAUGCGGAAGCCUUGCUUGUUGGUCGGCCCCAAGGAUCUAGACCAUAGCGCUCAAAGCAAUGAAAAUCAAUCUUCCCAUUUCGUGAACAUGCUAGACACCGUAAAGCAACUGUCCUCGCAAAGAACCUUUGUUGUGUAUCUCCCUCGCACCACUAUUCCCAAUGGCCCGCUGCUGUCCUUGUGCCAGGCGGUGUCGUCUCCUGGUCUUUUGGCCUCCGACCCGACCUUGAAUGAUAUCAACGGCCUCUAUGGAGGCCGAGGCGGCGUAAUCAUCGGGCAGAGAUCGAAUGAUGCUGUCAUUCCUCCAGCACAUCGCUUUGAGCCCCAACAUGGACCUACGGACGAAGGACUACCUCCCGCUUACGAACACACCGGCCCUGCUCCUCCGCCCGUGUUCACUGCCCUGCAUAAAGGCCAAUUGCGGCAAGCAGGGAGCAAGCGCCGACGAACAGCCAGCUCAGAAAUACCAACACCUGCCACCUCCUCCAAAUGUCCGGCCAUCGCAGUAGAGCAGCCAUCAUCCACCACCCUCGACAUGAUCAUGGCUCGCAUGGAGCAAGGCUUUGGCCAAAUCAACACACGUCUCACCGAUAUAGAACUCCGCAUAGGCGGCAUCGAGUCCCGCUUGACACAGCUGGAAUCCCAGUCCUCAAGACACCCGCAAGACGAAAACCUAGAUGAUUUACGAUACGAUCUUGAGAGGCAGAUUGGAGAAUUAAGAGAAGAAGCCGAAGAUUUACUGGAGAAUAGAGUCGAGGAGGGCAUUGCGGAUGCAAAGAGAGAGCUGACGGAUUAUAUGGAGGAUCAGGUGGAUGAUGCAAAGGGAGAUAUAAUGCGCAAAUUGGCAGAAUCUUCUGUCCAAUGUUCGAUCAACUUUGACUUUAGAUGA